UCGCUCAUUUUAUAUUGUAGGAUUAGAGGUUUGUGUUGUGGGUGAACUGGUUUAGGGCCAAGCCACAAAUCAUUGAGCCACGUGUGAGUCAAACCACAUUCUUCUCCUGCGUGGUGCUCAUGGAUCCAGGGCCGCAUGGAGUACCUGGUGAAAUGGAAAGGCUGGUCUCAAAAGUACAGCACCUGGGAACCAGAGGAGAACAUUCUGGAUGCUAGACUGGUGGCAGCCUUUGAGGACAGGGAGCGUGAAAGGGAGCUUUAUGGGCCAAAGAAAAGGGGACCCAAACCCAAAACGUUCCUCCUGAAGGCACAAGCAAAGGCCAACGCAAAGACCUACGAGUUCCGGAGUGACUCUGCCCGUGGUGUACGGGUUCCGUAUCCAGGCCAUCCACCUCAAGAGCUGCCAUCUAGAUCCAGAGAAGGUCUGAGGAGCAUCCCAACCGCUUCCCAAGGAAGUAGCGGAACCAGAGGAGAUGUUUUCCGAGAGAGGUUGUCGAGGGCAGACAUUAGAGGGGACCAUUACUCCCUGAAAAUGAAAAAGAGGAAGCGAAUCCAUCAUGGCAAAGGGCUCCAUGACGCAGAUCCCCACCACAUGAGGACCUCUCCAGACACGUCACCGGACCAAGCAGAGCAGAUGACCGCAAGGGCAGAGGAAGCCGGCCCUAUAAAGUAUCACUCUGGUCACAGUGUUAUUCAGCUGGCCAGGCGACAAACCACAGAAUUAGGGCCUUCUGGCCACACAGGAGCUGGCUAUGCGCCCAGGGAACGUGAACUGAUGGAUGGUCAGGAUAUCCAAGAGCAGCCUGGCAUUGACUCCCAUCCAAAAAGGACAAAGCACAGAGCAGAGUUUGUGACCUCCAAGUGCCAAGAGACAGGCCCCAGGCACAGCUCAGGAUACCAAGUGUCCGACUUCUACAGGGGAGCUCUGGGAACCCAUAGAGGAAAACCUACCCUUAUUGCUCGUAUACCAGUUGCCAGGAUUCUGGGGGAACCCGAGGAGGAACCGUGGAGACCCCCUGUAGACAACUUUGAGAAAGUACUGGUAACAGACGUGACAACAAACUUUCUUACGGUGACUAUAAAAGAAAGCAACACAGACCAAGGCUUUUUUAAAGAGAAAAGAUGAAAUACGUGUAUAGAAACAUAAAUAUAUAUUAUACAUAAAUGCAGAA